GAAAACAUCUAAUAUUCUUAUAUUUCUUCAUUUAUAAUAAUCUUGUAUACAUUUUCGAAAGAAUAUAAUGAAUUCUGGCAAUAUUUAUGCAGCUGUUGCUGCUAUAAUUUUUCUCCUAAUGAUCUCUUGCCAUGCGCAAUUGUCUUCUACAUUUUACGAUACUACAUGUCCAAAUGCGCUCAGUACGAUACGAACUUCCAUUAGACGAGCCGUGUCGAGCGAACGUAGGAUGGCUGCAUCCCUCAUUCGUCUCCAUUUUCACGAUUGCUUUGUUCAGGGAUGUGAUGCAUCGAUACUACUGGAUGACGCCACAGGCAUUACAAGUGAGAAAACUGCAGGGCCUAAUAAUGGUUCGGCAAGAGGUUACGAAGUCAUAGAUGCCGCGAAAAGCGCGGUGGAGAACAUAUGCCCCGGCGUUGUUUCUUGUGCCGAUAUCCUUGCGGUGGCAGCUAGGGAUGCAUCGGCUGCGGUGGGUGGUCCUUCAUGGACAGUGAAGCUUGGGAGAAGAGAUUCGACGACAGCAACCCGAUCCCUGGCAGAAAGUAAUCUUCCUAGCUUUAGGGACAGCCUCGACAUACUUAUAUCCACCUUUAGUGGCAAAGGACUUAAUGAAAGAGACAUGGUGGCUUUAUCAGGUGCGCACACAAUCGGGCAGGCACAAUGUCGUCUAUUCCGUGAUAGAAUAUACAGCAAUGGGACCGAUAUUGAUGCUCGUUUCGCUAGCACUCGUCAACGCCAAUGCCCUAGAAGCGGUAAUGACGGAAAUUUAUCACCACUCGAUUUGGUGACACCCAAUUCAUUCGACAACAAUUACUACAGGAAUUUAAUCCAAAGGAGGGGUUUGUUAGAAUCAGAUCAAGUUCUUUUCAGCGGAGGAUCAACGGAUAGUAUUGUGACUGAAUAUAGUAACAAUCCUCGUACUUUCUCUUCAGACUUUGGGGCAGCCAUGAUCAAAAUGGGAGACAUUGAACCCCUUACCGGUCAAAAUGGGAUUAUAAGAAGGAUUUGUAGUGUCGUGAACUAAUUUUGCAUCGUUGUCGUAUUUUUUAGUAUAUAGUUUUAAUAUUUUCUAUUGUUUGGAUGAUUGGUUUGUCUAGAGUGAUUUAAUUUUCACUCAAUGUUCCUUUUUUAUUUUAUUUUAUUUUUAUUCGAAGUUGUCCUUUGUUGAAAGGUUGAAAUGUACAUCAUGUUCUUGUUA